AUGGAUGCUGCCAGUCCUAUUCCUAGUCUUUUUCGAAGGCUCAGCCGGAGUUUCGUGGAGCAUUGGUGCAGAAUAGCGGAUGACUAUCGAACAGUCGCUAAAGAGACUGCAGCCGCCUGUCUAAAGAAGCCGUCAAAGGCGGGGUGUAUACUGGCUUGGGUGCUCUUGUGUAUGCUAACAGCGCGAGUAAUAGUGAGCUGGCUACAAUGA